GUGUUUAGUCUCGCCCGUCAUCUGGCCGCUGAGGCAGCUCGCGGUGCGUCUGCUGUCGAGGACGGAGGAGGGUGAGCCGUCGCAGGCCGGUGCACUCUUCUGAGCCGUCUGUCCAUCACGGUGACAAGAGAGCUGUCUGCAAAUCUUGUGGAUUUUUACCUCAAACGUGAGUGACACCUGGGAAGGAGAGGGGAAACCUGAGUGGAGAGGCCCCCAGUGCGCACCCUCUCCCCUCCUCCCCGUCCCUCCUGGAUGACCUGUGCUCCUCGAGUCGUGGCCCCCCCAGCACCAUGAACAAGAUGAAGAACUUUAAGAGGCGGUUUUCCCUUUCUGUUCCUCGCACCGAGACCAUCGAGGAGAACGAGUUCACAGAGCAGAUAAACCAGCUCAACAUCUGCCACACUACGGGCCUGACUCCAGACAGGCUGGGACCUCCAUCCCAUGAUGCCAGUCCUUUGAGUCCCGAACCAACGACACCGGGAGCCGUGUCUUCGUCACACCUCGACUUCCCCGACAAGGCCCAGCACAGACGUUUCUCCAUUGAGGACGUCAGUCAACGUAUGUCUCUGCCCAUGGACAUCCGCCUGCCUCCGGAGUUUCUCAAGAAACUGCAGCUGGAGAGUGAGAACCCGCCGCUCUGCAAACCUCUCAGCCGAAUGUCUCGACGUGCUUCCCUGUCCGACAUAGGCUUUGGGAAACUGGAGACAUACGUGAAGCUCGGCAAACUGGGUGAGGGGACAUAUGCCACAGUGUUCAAAGGGCGAAGCAAGCUAACAGAGAACCUGGUGGCGUUAAAGGAGAUCCGGCUGGAGCACGAGGAGGGAGCACCUUGCACCGCUAUCAGAGAGGUGUCCCUACUGAAAAACCUGAAACACGCCAACAUCGUCACGCUGCAUGACAUCAUCCACACUGACCGCUGCCUCACUCUGGUGUUUGAGUAUCUUGACAGUGACCUGAAACAGUACCUGGACAACUGCGGAAAUCUCAUGAGCAUGCAUAAUGUCAAGAUUUUCAUGUUCCAGCUGCUGCGUGGUCUGGCCUACUGUCACAAGAGGAAAAUCCUCCACAGAGACCUGAAGCCUCAAAACCUGCUCAUCAACGACAAGGGCGAGCUCAAACUGGCCGAUUUUGGUCUGGCGCGGGCCAAAUCCGUCCCCACCAAGACCUAUUCCAAUGAGGUAGUAACUCUAUGGUAUCGACCCCCUGACGUGUUGUUGGGCUCGACAGAAUACUCCACACCCAUAGACAUGUGGGGCGUGGGCUGUAUCCUGUUCGAGAUGGCAACGGGUCGUCCUAUGUUUCCUGGUGCCACAGUGAAGGAGGAGCUACACUUAGUUUUUAGGCUUGUGGGCACUCCAACAGAGGACACCUGUCCUGGUAUCAGUAAUAAUGAGGAGUUUAGGUCUUAUCUAUUUCCUCAAUACAGACCUCAAGCUCUCAUCAACCAUGUGCCCAGGUUGGAGACAGAGGGGAUCGACAUGCUUUCUGCUCUGCUGCAGUAUGACACCAGAAGGAGAAUCUCCUCUGAAGAUGCUCUACGACACACCUACUUCCUGAGUCUGGGGAAUAAUAUCCACAAUUUGGCAGACACUGCUUCAGUGUUCUCCCUCAAAGAGCUCCAGCUCCAGAAGGACCCAGGCCACCGCAGCUCAGUGUUUCAGCCUCUUGGUCGAGGAAAGAACCGAAGGCAAAGCAUCUUCUAGAGGUCACAGGGGAGGAUCAGAGCCGCGCAGAGACGGGAAGCUGCCUUUUCAGACCACAGCACAAAGGCCAACACAGCUCGGCACAUUCGCAAGCAUGCUCACCUGCAUGUACACACAUGUGCACUCACUCAUUUCCAAGCCAGCUCACCAUGGAGAUACACAUGGUUUCUGGAAAUAUACUUGUACUGCAUUUGACUGAGCUGAGAUACACUAUCCCUCCACACACAUAGCCUACAGUACAUAUUUGCACACAUUUGCACAUUGGCGACACUGAACACGCUGCCAUUACUUAGUUGCACACACCAGAGAUGUAUUCAUCCUGUUGAGACACACACAUGCAUUUCAGCCCAAAGAUCGUAAUCGUGAAGGCCCUAAAUAAAGUCGCUUUGCAUACACAUAUCCAGGGAUCUAGCCAAUUAGGGUAGCGACCACAUCUGGAAGCAUCAUCCAGUCUGGGUUGUAGAGACCGAAGGGUUGUGAUGUAAGUGGAGGUCAGUUCAGUUCAAAGUAAAGACUAACAGCUUGUUUCCAAAAUGUCCGAAAUGUUUGUCUUACUAAAGAUGAGGCUUGUUUCUCCACAACCCACUAGCCAGAGAAAAAUAUUGGCACGAUACGUUUUUUGCAAACCAGCUUUGAACGUCAACAUGUGGACCAAAGAUUAUUUUCAUAAAUGUGUUUCGACAGCCUCAUUUCAUGGUUGCAGAAACACACACUAUCAAGUGGUUCACGUUGUAUAAUGAUUGGUUAGGUUCAAGCAACAGAACUACUUGGUUAACCCUCCUGUUACCUUCACAUUUACUAACAUAUUUUACCCUCGGGGUCAAUUUGACCCCAGCAAUUAAAACCUCCAGAAAAUUAUUAGAAUUUAUAUU